AAAAACACUAAAAUCAACUGCUCCUUUUAAUUGCUCCAAAAAAGAUCUCAAUCGUUUCUCUUGCAUUUCUCUCUCUCUUGGCUGCCUGCCUUUUCUGUUUCUUCUCUCCGCUCCAUUCGUAUCGAAAGCUUCGGAUUCCAUCUAAAAGACAUGGGUCCGAUCGUUUUGACUCAGGUGGCGACCGGCUUGAGUGUCUUGGCCGGAGCGGUGUUAGUCAAAUCGGUCAUGGACCAGAAGCCCAUGGCCGGCCCCUUUCAGAGAUGCGCGACUUGCAACGGCACGGGUCGUGUCACGUGCAUUUGUUCGCGUUGGUCCGAUGGAGAUGUCGGUUGUCGGACAUGCGCCGGGUCGGGUCGCAUGGCGUGCAGCAGUUGCGGUGGGUCAGGUACGGGCCGGCCCAUUCCUGUCCAGAUUUCUGUACGUCCUCCAACGAAUAGGAGCUCCUAAUAAACCGGGUUUCGGCUCGUCAUGAACCAUGACAGUCUCAAAAGCCCGUCUUGUAUUUUUAUAGUUUUUUCUUUUGAAAUUUAAUUAUGUAAUAUAAUAGUGGAAAAGAGAGAGAUGGAGAAGUUAGUAAGUUGAAAUCUCUUAAUGACUCUUAUUAAAAAUUUGAAUUAAGUAGUUGGCUUACUUUUAACAUUUUCCCUGUUUGGUAAUGAAGAGAUAGUUAUGUUGUAA